AAUGCGUCGAUAACGUCAUCCUAACCAAAAGAAGUUUACCGUAUUCGUGUUGAUCCAAAAAACUGCCACGAGAGGUCGGCGGCCAGGCCAUCCAUCUAUCGCUCGCCCCCUCCCCCCGGACGUUUCCCACUUCCGAGCCAACGAACGAACGACAUGAUUCCUCCGCGAGCCAGGAAAUGAGAGGGAGGGUGUAUGAAAGCUGACAGCAUCUUGUAUGCCUCCCUCUCCCUCCCUCCCUGAGUUGUCCGUGUACAUACACACAGCUGUGAUAUCACAACCCCCCGCCCUACAGCCACUGCAACCUCCGCGUGCCUUUUGACGACUCUUUGCUUCGCCUCGCACUACCGAUUCCGAUCAACCAAUAAUGCAAACAUGACCGUCGUACUGAACUCUCCGCCGAGACCGCCGAGGUCGAUGUUGGACGUUGGAGACGACCCGACAUACCAACCGAUAUUCCGCCCUCCUCCGCCUAAAAUUAGUGAUACACAGCCGCCACCGCCGAUAUCUUCAUCGGACGAAUUUGAGGAGUUACCGGCGCAUGAUGCUGCCAGUAUCCGUCAGCAGAAGGGGCUUCGCGAAGUGGAUGCGGAGACGCUCAUAGCGCCAAUUCUGUCGCGUGUGCACUCAACUGCGCUUUACGACGAUGCGCUGAGCCAUACCACGCCGCGUUCUGUUUUGCCAUCUUCAGAAGAGGAUGAACCGGAGGGAGGGGUGAGGGCAAUACAACGUUCGCCUGUGGAUACAAGUCCGCUUCGUCGGUCGCAGCCGCAGUCGCUGAAAUGGUCUAGCUAUGAUCAGCAUAAAAAGCCGACGGCGCAUCACAAAGCUUCUUCAUCACUUACGUUCUCGCUGCCGUCGUUUUCAUUGCCGCGGGGGGUCACCUUCCCGUCUUUUGCGUCCGGAGGCUCGUCCUCGUCGUCUUCAUACUCGACGACGGUGGAGUCCAUGACCGAAAAGUACCGGCGGCGGAGGGCAAAGACUAUGCAGCAGACUGUUAGAUCACCUGGCGUGUUUUCCUCUCAUAGAAGUUCCGUAUUCUUCGGCAAACCGGUUGCCCGAGAGGACACCAAUGCACUGAGGGCAUCGCAACCACCACCACAGAUGAUCCGGCGAUCAUCCUCGGUAUCCGAGUUGCCUCGACUCGCGCUCGCUCGUGAAAUGACCGCCGAAUCGACUACAUCUUCGCUCGGCGAUGACACAAAGUUUCUGCAUAUUCAACACCAAACCAAUGCUCGGUUUAAAGCUAUGAAGGAUAAUCUUCUGGCGGGGCUGCCGAAAAUAUCACCAGUCACACAUCUUCAUCAGCAUCUGGCGAGUCUGAACCCGUUCACGGAUACCCCUGAACCGCAGACCCCGCCGUUGCCACUUCGGGCGUCGGAUCUUGAAGCAUUAGAUACCGUCCGGGGAGAUGUGGUGAUCCUUGGAGGAUACCGCGGUUCCGUCCUCCGGGAUGCGGUUCUGGGUAGACGUGUCUGGAUUCCCCUCAAGGUGGGAUUCAACCUACGGAAGGUUGACCUCGAGGUGGGAUUAAACCCUGAGGAUGAGGAACGUGCUGAGGAAAAGAUCCGGCCCGAUGGAAUGCUGAAGAGUAUUUCGGCUGUGGAUAUCAGUCGCCGGUUGUUUCGACGGCUGAGACAGAACACCUAUGCGCAUGAUCGGCGAGUUCAUGAUUGGGGCUAUGAUUGGAGGCUGUCGCCGAAGAUCAUAGCGAGGAAAUUGAUUGAGUUCUUGGAGACGCUGCCGUGUAAUCAGCCAAUCGACGGCGAGGAUCCAAUGGUCCGACGGAAAGGAAGAGGCGCGCUGGUGAUAGCGCAUUCGCUCGGUGGACUAAUCGUGCGGAAUGCCAUCAACCAGCGGCCUGAGUUGUUCUCGGGGGUGCUCUUUGCAGGCACUCCACAAACGUGCAUCAAUAUUCUGGGGCCACUGAAGAAUGGUGACUCAGUACUGUUCAAUUCCAAGGUGUUUACAGCACAGGUAAACUUCACUCUCCGCUCCUCAUACACAUUUUUGCCCGAAAGCGGACACUGCUUUAUCGACAAACACACUGGCAAGCCCCUGCCGGUGGACUUCUUCGACAUCAACACCUGGCGCGAAUACGGUCUUUCCCCCUGCGUCUCUGACCUCCCCGUGCCGCCACCAGUUCCACCGACCAGCAGACUCACCAACGCCUCCGCAGUCCUUCACACACUAAACCCCCUCUCCGACAUCGCCGCCAAAAAGGAAAAAGAAACUACGGCCGGUGUCGAGCCACAACUCAAUUUCCCCUCCUCCUCCACACCUUCUGCCGAUAUCCCCACCAUCCCCAAAUCCCAGGCAAUACCGUAUCUCGAGCGCACUCUCGCCGACGCAAAAGCAUUCCGUAAGGGGCUACAGUUCCGACCAGAGCUGGAGGAACACUACCCGCCCAUGGCGGUAUUGUACUCGAAGACUACACCGACAGUGAGAGCGGCGAAGGUCGAUGGAAGGGAGGGGAUCAAAAGGCCCGAUGUAUACGAGGAACUUGCAUUCGGUGCGGGCGACGGAGUAUGUCUUGCCAGAGCGGCUAUGUUGCCAGAGGGAUACAGGUGUGUCCGCAAGGUGGCGGUGGAUCGCGGGCAUGUCAGCUUGCUGGGGGAAUUGGAGGGCGUGGGGAGGUGUGUUGAGGCUCUGGUCAGGGAGAGGGGGUGGUAAUGGUAUUGGUAAAUAUCUAAGGCAGGCGGUUUUGGUUCUCGACAACCCUACAUACUAUCAAAUUGUGUGGUUUCCACAUGCAUGCACCUGCUGGGUAUGCUCCGCAUCGCCGGUAUAGCAGGUCACCUAGAUCGACCAAAGGAAGGGAAAUAAAACGAGAAGUGGGAUUUUUAGUUAAAUACAUAUACCGGCAUUGUCGAGCAGUGGUACCGCUAUUCGACGUAAGAUAGGUAGAUCUAAUCAAUACAUCAUAAUACCAGUUCAUAGC